CGGAAGCGGCGCCGCGGGGACAGCGGGCGGGGACGCGGGGACACCGCCGGCAGCGGCGAUGGAGCCCCGGUGCCCGGCGUGGCUGCAGCUGUGUCCGCGGCCGUGCCGCCUGCUGCUGCAGGCUCUGUGCUCGGGCCCGGCCGGGGCCGUGGCCGCGCUGCGGGCGCUGCAGCGGGGCCAGCCCCGCCAGGGCCCGGGGCAGCCCUUCCCCUGGCCGGCUCUCGCCGCAGCCCUGUGCGCCCAGGAGCCCUGGCUGGAGGGGACACAGGACACCCUGGCUCUCAAGCCACGGCUGCUGCUGCUGCCUGUUUUGUGCCAGAGGAACCUCUUCUCCCUGCUCCUCGUGGUGCAGGAUGCAGUGCCACGGGACUGCCUGCACCAGCUGCUCCAGGCCUUGGGGCAGGACUCCCAUGUGGAUCCCUGGGUGCAGACUCUGGGGGGUCUGCUCCAGCAGGGACCAAGGGCAGAGGAGGGCUCCCCACGUCCCACUGCCCUGUCUGCUGUGUGCCAGCAGCAGCUCAGGGGCCUGUGCCAGAAAAUUGCCCAGAAGAAACCAGAGGGACAAAGAAAAUUGACCUGGUGCUUCAGCAAGCAGCCUGGUGCCCCUGACUCUGUGCCUCAAGGUGGGAAGCGUAAGAAAGUGUCAGAGGAGAGCCUGGAGUCAGACACUGAGAGAGAGAGGAACAUGCUGGAGGAGGUGGCAUGUGAGCCCCUGGGGCCCCAGGAAUGUGGAAAUGUGGCAGAGGAGGUGCCUGAGGAGCCUUCAGGGGACACGUCUGCUCAGAGCACGGAUCAGGCUGCUCAGGACAGCUCCCAGCAGGAUGCAGCUGGGGAGCUCAGGAAGGUUCCCCAGACAGAGCUGGCAGCAGAGGUCCAGUCCUUUGUCCAGGUGCAUGGACAGGGCCUGAAAGUGCUGCUGCUGCAGGACUCCAGUCACUCGGAACUGCACCCCCCACCCAAGCUGAGCAUCCUGAACAGCUGCAGCCCCAGCCAGCUCGAGGGGCUGUGCUCCUUCCUGCAGCUCUCCACGUGCCCAGAGCCCCUCCUGGUGCGUUUCUGCAGCUGGCUGCUGGCUCUGAGCCCCGACCUCAGCUACACCAGCGCAGCCAUCCUGGCAGAGCAGCUCUUCCUCAGGCGGGUGCUGUCCCUCUCCCAGCCGCCUUCCCGACACCUCAUGGCUGCCCUGAGUGCGUUUUGCUCCAAGUACUCCCAUCCCUUGUGCCGUGUGCUGGUGGCUGCAGUGCUGCAGGAGCCAGGGGAAGGUGCUGAGCAGACCAAGCUGAUGUGUGAGCUCGUGGAGGAGUGCCUGGAGCCCCACGCUGUGCAGCUGCUGCUGAGCCACGUCCUGGAGGUGCCUUUGUCAGAGAAACUGCUGCCAGUGCUGCAGGCCGUGCUGGGCCGGCAGGAGGUGCUGCCCGCUGAGCUCGUGGAUCUGCUGGUGCUGACUCUGUGCCAGCAGGCUCCAGCCUUCUCCACGUCACUCAGCUUCGCCAGGCUGGUGACAGCCGUGCUCACGGUGUGCCAGAGCCAGGUCAGCCCAGCUCACAGGAGCAGCCUGGCUGCUGUCCUGGACCGGAGCACGGCGGCGCUGAAGAAAUCUCUGCAGGCUGUGCUGGAAGGGGCCAGGUGACCACCCGAAGGAACCGUGAGGGGGCAGCUUCCUGGUGUGGAGGACACUCCUUGCACAGCAGCAGCCACAGCCACCCCUCACUGGGUGAGGUGGGACCCUGUGAGGGGGUCUGUUCCCCCCCAGGGCCUCCUGGCAUGGGGGGCUCCUGCUGGCAGUGCCAUCCCAGCCCACCACGCUCCCUGGGGCUUGGAGGUUGGACAAUUCAUGUGUUUUCAUGUGUUUUCAUGUGUUUUCAUGUGUUUUCAUGUGUUUCCAGGUUCACAGUUCAUGUGUUUCCAAGUGAACAGUUCAUGUGUUUCCAAGUGAACAGUUCAUGUGUUUUCAUGUGUUUCCAAGUGAACAGUUCAUGUGUUUUCCUGUGUUUCCAAGUGAACAGUUCAUGUGUUUUCAUGUGUUUUCAUGUGUUUUCAUGUGUUUCCAGGUGUCUCUGUGUGUUUUCCCUUGGGCUUGCCACCCUACGAGGGGACCUGGCCCUCCUGUGCUGGGGGCCAGGCAGGACACAGCCCGUGCAGAACUUCAGGUGCUGAGUUCUCACUGCCCAAAACCCUCACUGAACCAGGGCAGACAUUGAUUUGAGGCUGCACGAAGCUGAUAAUUCUGGAUUUAGUUCAUUAUCUUCAUUUGACCUCAGCUCAUUCCAAGGCACGAGCUCCACAUUCCUGCUCCCAUGGUGCAGGCUGGGCUGCUGCUUUGUGGAUCUGAUCUGCUAGGAUUCACACAUCUCUGCGUGCAGGAGAGUGGGAUUUAACUGAAUUCCAGCUGAAUUUAGCUGGGAAAUUUGAGUGUUCUGCUUUAAAUCCCCCCUUCUUUCCUGUUUGCCUGGCCCGUGAGGGGCCCUGCUGUGUGUGCCACAUUUCUGGUGAUGGUGACACUUCUCAUGGCCCUAACAGUGCUUGUGUGGCAUGACUGUGCUCAAAAUUCUAUCCUGUAUUCUUGAAAGUACCCACUGAAACCUCAUCUAGGCACCUCCUGCUCUGAGAACUGGGAAAAAAAGAGUGGAGGCUCAGGCAGGUAGAGCUGGGGUUUCAGUGAGGUUUUGAAGCAUUGCAUAUUUCAGGAGCUGUUUAAAAAUCCAUCAACAUCCACAAAGGGAGAAGGAGAGUUAUAACAUUCAGGUGUGACUGCUCCAGGUUUGCUCAGUAGUGUUUAGAUCCCAGCCAGAGGAAGGAAACUCUGAGGCAUUAGGUGACACUGUUAAGGCUGAGAGCCAGGUUUCUUUAUGUAAGAAUCUCUUAAGCUAUUUUAGGUGGCAGUGGGCUGAUGAGGCUUCAAAGCCCGCAUUAGUGGAGGAUGGAAACCUCCAGGGAGCCAGCUUGUUGAUGUGUUUGCAUUCCAGCAAGUUAGUGGCCGAGUGAAGUGAAGCUAUUGUAGGGCUGCCCAAAACACGACAUAAAUAGAAAUUGUGCCACGAUCAUCAAGGUCUAAGCCUGCUCUUCUGGCUUUAUUAGGUAGCAGGCUCUGAUCUUUGCAGCUUCCCUGCAGAGCUUCCACUGAGUGACCUCGGUGUCAUUGUCCCCAGUGCUGUGCCUGGCUGUGGCUGCUGCUCACAUGGAGAUGGCCACGGCCUUGUGGCAAGAGCCUUCUUAGCCCUGGGUUUGCUCUUGGCUGCAGCUUGUCGUGUGCUGUGGGCUCCUCUGAGGUGUUCAUGCAGAUGACAGUCAUGGAAGGAGGGCUGGCAGCACACCCUGGGCACCCUGCACGUGCUGCUGCAACACUGCUUGUUUAUCUGCAGUGGGCAGCACAGAAAAUUCCACUUUUGACUCCUCUUGACCCUUGCAGGAACUUUAAAAUCCAUCCUGGACAGCUCAGAGAGGUGGAUGCAGCACAAACCAUCAGUCAGAUUUUAUAUUCAGCAGAUCCUUGGCCAAGGGUGGCAGGAGUGGCUCUGUCCUUGUCCUGAUUCAGGAGCAGUGGUGGUGAAGGGUCUGAAGCUUUGUCUGAGACCUUCCCUGGGCUGGAGGUAGCAGGCAGAGUGUGAUUUCCAUCCAGUUUACUUGUGAUCACUGGCAGUGGUUCCCCACCUGCUUCCUCUUCUGUUUGCAGAGUUUUACUUCACGUUUCAGAGGGGAUUUCCCUUUUUGGUCUCGUAGUUCUCGGGGUUUUUUGGAAGGAAAUUCAUCGUAUGCAGUUGUCUGUUGUUGUCUGUCCACUCUGCUGCCUCCACACCCUGCACAGGGAUUUCUGAGCCACUUUCAUGGCAAGAUGAUUCCUGCAUGCCCAGGUGCCUCCUGGGGUGUGCUCGGGCAGCACUGAGCCUCUUUGGGGUUCACACAGGGCUCUGGGGUCUGUGGAUGUUGAACACCAGACACCAGAGCCAUGCAGGGACCUUGGGCCAUGCAGCCCCUGGCUGGAAAGGGCUGGAACUCAGUGGCCUUCCAAAGUGGCCUGUGUCCAUCCCCCAGGGGCUGCCCCUCUCCAAACAGGAGCUCCAGGCUGUUGCUGUUUCCCCUCCUGCAGUGCCAGGGGUCCCCCCACUUCUCCCUGGGGUAACUGUGCAUCCAGCACAGCCUGCUUAUCUCACCUGUAAUCCCCAACAUGCUGCUGCAGUUCUGCCUGCAAACCUGGGGGCUGUGACACCCAAAUGUGAGCCUGAACUGCUCUGGGGGAGGCCCAGCAAUAUUUAUAUUUUUUCACUUGGGGUUUAAAACUGAAUAAAAAAAGAAGAGCAAUUUUC